CCGGCGUCUCUCCCGCUCAACUCGCCUCCGCUCACCGGGAUUGUCCCUCAGCCCUCACUCUCCUGCCCCCUUUGCCCUGUUUUAUAGUCGGCAUCACUGAAUUUUUUAAAAAUCGAGGUGCAGUUGACAUGGAACGUUACAUUAGUUUCAGGUGAACACCCGUAACGAUCGAAUAUUUGUGUCUGUUGUGAAAUGAUCGCCACCGUAAGUCUAGUUAACGCCCCUCACUAUGGGCGCAGUUACAGUUUUUUGUUGUGUUGGUUUUUUCUCACUGGUGAGAACGUUUAAGGCCUAUAUUUUCCAUCACUCUUAACUCCCAGCGAAGUGCGCCCGGCGCCUGUGUUCAGAAAGCGCCCGCGCGCUUGUGGAGCGUGCUAAAGGCGUGCCCGCACCCUGAAGGCGGCGUUUAGGGAGCGGAGGGGCCCCGAUGUCUGGGGGUAUACUUUCUUUGUCUUCUAGUGAGUUAUUCUCCCCAUCUCAGAAGUACCAGCUUUUGGUGUAUCACGCAGAUUCUCUGUUCCAUGAUAAGGAGUAUCGCAAUGCUGUGAGUAAGUAUACCAUGGCUUUACAGCAGAAGAAAGCCCUAAGUAAAACUUCAAAAGUGAGGCCUUCAACUGGCAAUUCUACAUCCACUCCACAAAGUCAGUGUCUUCCAUCUGAAAUUGAAGUGAAAUACAAAAUGGCUGAAUGUUACACAAUGCUAAAACAAGAUAAAGAUGCCAUUGCUAUACUUGAUGGGAUCCCUUCAAGACAAAGAACUCCCAAAAUAAACAUGAUGCUGGCAAACUUGUACAAGAAAGCUGGUCAGGAGCGCCCUUCAGUCACCAGCUAUAAGGAAGUGCUGAGGCAAUGCCCAUUAGCUCUUGAUGCCAUUCUGGGUUUGCUGUCGCUAUCGGUAAAAGGUGCAGAGGUGGCAUCAAUGACCAUGAACGUGAUCCAGACCGUGCCUAACUUGGACUGGCUCUCUGUGUGGAUCAAAGCAUAUGCUUUUGUGCAUACUGGUGACAAUUCAAGAGCAAUCAAUACCAUCUGUUCUCUAGAGAAAAAGUCAUUAUUGCGAGAUAACGUGGAUCUACUGGGAAGCUUAGCAGAUCUGUACUUCAGAGCUGGAGACAAUAAAAACUCUGUCCUCAAAUUUGAACAAGCACAGAUGUUGGAUCCUUAUCUGAUAAAAGGAAUGGAUGUAUAUGGCUACCUCCUGGCACGAGAAGGGCGGCUGGAAGAUGUGGAGAAUCUUGGCUGCCGCCUUUUCAAUAUUUCUGAUCAGCAUGCAGAACCUUGGGUAGUCUCUGGGUGUCAUAGCUUCUAUAGCAAACGCUACUCCCGGGCCCUCUAUUUAGGAGCCAAGGCCAUUCAGCUGAACAGUAAUAGUGUUCAGGCUUUGCUGCUUAAGGGAGCAGCACUCAGGAACAUGGGCAGAGUCCAAGAAGCAAUAAUCCACUUUCGGGAGGCUAUACGGCUUGCACCUUGUCGCUUAGACUGUUAUGAAGGUCUCAUCGAGUGUUACUUAGCUUCCAACAGUAUUCGUGAAGCAAUGGUAAUGGCUAACAACGUUUACAAAACUCUAGGAGCAAAUGCACAGACCCUUACCCUGUUAGCCACUGUUUGUCUCGAAGACCCAGUGACACAGGAAAAAGCUAAAACUUUAUUGGAUAAAGCCCUGAACCAAAGGCCGGAUUACAUUAAGGCUGUGGUGAAAAAAGCAGAACUACUUAGCAGAGAGCAGAAAUACGAAGAUGGAAUUGCGCUGCUGAGGAACGCACUAGCUAAUCAGAGUGACUGUGUCCUGCAUCGGAUCCUAGGAGAUUUCCUUGUAGCUGUCAAUGAGUAUCAGGAAGCAAUGGACCAGUAUAGUAUAGCACUAAGUUUGGACCCCAAUGACCAGAAGUCUCUAGAGGGGAUGCAGAAGAUGGAGAAGGAGGAGAGUCCCACGGACGCCACUCAGGAGGAGGAUGUGGACGACAUGGAAGGGAGUGGGGAAGAAGGGGACCUGGAGGGCAGCGACAGUGAGGCGGCCCAGUGGGCCGACCAGGAGCAGUGGUUCGGCAUGCAGUGAGGCGGGCGGCAGCUCCGUGGCCACACUGGCCUGCCCUGCCCUGAGCACUUCUGUGGACCGAAAGAACCCGUAGGAGCCCGCUCUCUGGGAGGACAAGGAUUCAGCAUGUGACUGCAGCAGGGCCUUCUGCCCCUUGGCUCCAUAUUUCUAGUAUUGACUUCAUUUUCUAGAACAGCCUGACCAACCUCCACAUGUCUCCACCCUCCCCGCUCCAGCCAGGGAGGCCUGAGUGAGCCCCUGGGAGGCCCACAAAUGUGCUGGGACUUCUGGGACAGAGUACUUUUUAUAUAACUUAAUUUCCAAAUCUGAAAGCCCAAGGAAUAGUGUUUUUGUCUGUGAUGUGGAUGGGUUUGAAAGGAGUGACCUGUCACCCAGAGCAAGAGUGUCAGCUCCUAAUCGGGACAGCAGCCUGGGUUGGCCCUUUCAGAGAGGGUUUCCUGUCCCAGAAAUCAUCCUGGGCUGUCCAAACCUCCCUAGUAACCUUGCUUCCUUCUGCAAUGUUAGUAAUGCCUUAAGCUGACAGUUGCUAUUUUGCAGAACAGUUUUCCUAUUUGCUAAUCUGGUAACUUGCCUAUGAGCCUGGGCCGGAUCUGAGAUACAGGUGUGACCUAGAGCAUGAACCAGAGGUACACCUGGGUAAUUAACUAAUAAAACUGUUUUUUGCACAGUAAUGGUGUUGGGUUGAUCAGAAUGGAAGCUCUUUAUAGGUUCUUUUUUUUUCCUCCUCUCACAAUGCAUUGAUUCAACCCCAGAAUUAUUUGCCAUAGACUCCCUUUCUUCUCAGACUGUUGGGAGCCAGUAGGAUUGGGAACCUCAGGUAACACUAAGCUGGUUCAUCCAUUUGCAUUUUUAUUGGUAAUUUCCCUGGGGGAAGAGCCUUUGGCCAGAUUUUAGACUGUUUCUGUCUGGCUGUCAGGAGCUCUGAGGUCCGUGUCUGGUUUUGGCAUCUGCUGUGGGGUCAGCAGGGGGUUCAUUCCCUGGGCUUGGAUGCUCUCAGACUCCCCCUUGUUUAAGAGGUGAUGCUUUUGACAAUGUAGUUAACCAGGAAGUGAAGUGGGGUGAUGGUGGCACGACUAACCCCAAAUUCUCAUUUAAGCAAAAUCAGUCAAAGGUGGUACAAAAUGUGAAUUUGAUGUAAAUGGAAAGUUCUAAAGUAAAACAAUGGAAGUGUAUAGUUUAGGAGCUCAGAACAUCUGAUAACUGCAAUUUUAAAUGGACAAAAAGUUACUGUUAAAGUAUCUUUCAGUAUGAAAA